GAGACCAGGGUUGCCAAGGAAAGGCCUGCUCCAGCAAGCAAGCAGGGAAGGGGCGUGGCCGGAGGCCUGGGGGCGUGGCCACUCACCGGAAGUCCCUCCGUUCUGAGCUGUCUCCGGAGGAGGAGGGCGCCUGGUGUGCCUCGGUUCGUGUGUUGUUGAAAAUAUCAAGCCAUUCCACAAUGCUGUACCGUGCUGCUCUUUGUCCUUCCCUGCGUUCCUCAGGAAGAUUCUGGCGGCAGUCUGAUGUUGCUGGCUCCCACCCCUGUCUGCUGGCUCCAAACCUGGUCUUAAGGAAUACAUGUGCCCGAGGCUGGAGUAACAUACCUUUUAUCACAGUGCCUCUCAGUCGAACCCAUGGCAAGCCAUUUGCUCACCGCAGCGAGCUGAAGCAUGCCAAGAGAAUUGCAGUGAAGCUAGGGAGUGCUGUUGUGACUCGAGGGGAUGAAUGUGGCUUGGCCCUGGGGCGGCUGGCAUCCAUCGUUGAGCAGGUUUCAAUGCUACAAAACCAGGGCCGGGAGAUGAUGAUUGUUACCAGUGGGGCUGUGGCAUUUGGUAAGCAGCGCCUCCGUCAUGAGAUCUUGCUUUCCCAGAGUGUGCGGCAGGCUCUUCACUCGGGUCAGAACCAACUUAAGGACAUGGCCAUUCCUGUGCUGGAGGCUCGAGCCUGUGCUGCAGCUGGUCAGAGUGGGUUGAUGGCACUAUACGAGGCCAUGUUCACACAGUACAGCAUCUGUGCUGCCCAGAUAUUAGUCACCAAUUUGGACUUCCAUGAUGAACAGAAACGUCGAAACUUGAAUGGGACAUUACAUGAACUACUGCGAAUGAAUAUUGUUCCCAUCAUCAACACCAAUGAUGCUGUGGUUCCUCCCCCAGAGCCAAACAGUGAUCUACAGGGGGUAAACGUAAUCAGCGUGAAAGACAAUGACAGCUUAGCAGCACGGCUAGCGGUGGAAAUGAAGACUGAUCUGCUGAUUAUUCUUUCAGAUGUCGAGGGACUCUUUGACAGCCCCCCAGGAUCAGAUGAUGCAAAGCUUAUUGAUAUAUUUUAUCCUGGAGACCAGCAGUCUGUGACAUUUGGAACCAAAUCGCGAGUGGGGAUGGGAGGCAUGGAGGCUAAGGUGAAAGCAGCCUUGUGGGCUCUCCAGGGAGGUACUUCAGUAGUGAUUGCAAAUGGAACUCACCCCAAGAUCUCUGGCCAUGUCAUUACAGACAUUGUAGAAGGGAAAAAAGUUGGCACCUUUUUUUCAGAAGUGAAACCUGCAGGCCCAACAGUAGAGCAGCAAGCUGAAAUGGCUCGAGCAGGAGGCAGAAGUCUGUCAGCGCUACAACCUGAACAGAGAGCAGAAAUCAUCUAUCAUCUUGCUGACCUUCUGACAGACCAGCGAGAAGAGAUUCUUCAGGCCAACAAAAAGGAUCUAGAAGAAGCUGAGAGCAAAGGGAGAUUAGCUCUCCCUCUAUUGAAGAGACUCAGUCUGUCAACUUCCAAACUGAAUAGUUUAGCCAUUGGUUUACGCCAGAUUGCAGCAUCUUCACAGGACAGUGUUGGCCGAGUCCUCCGAAGGACACGGAUUGCAAAGGAUUUGGAGCUGGAGCAAGUGACUGUGCCUAUCGGGGUCCUACUAGUAAUUUUUGAAUCCCGACCCGACUGUCUUCCCCAGGUAUCGGCCUUGGCUAUUGCCAGUGGAAAUGGCUUACUGCUUAAAGGAGGAAAGGAGGCAUCAAAUAGUAAUCAAAUCCUUCACCACUUGACUCAAGAAGCACUUUCUGUCCAUGGUGUGAAGGAUGCAGUGCAGCUCGUAAAUACCAGGGAGGAGGUGGAAGACCUUUGUCGUUUAGACAAGCUGAUAGAUUUGAUUAUCCCCCGUGGCUCAUCUCAGUUGGUACGGGAUAUCCAGAAAGCUGCUAAAGGGAUCCCAGUAAUGGGUCACAGUGAAGGCAUUUGUCAUGUGUAUGUGGACAUGGAGGCCAGUGUUGAGAAGGUCACCAGAAUAGUGAGAGACUCAAAAUGUGAAUAUCCUGCAGCCUGCAAUGCGCUGGAGACCUUGCUGAUACACCGUGAUUUGUUGAGAACCCCUGUGUUUGACCAGAUCAUUGACAUGUUGCGAGUGGAGCAAGUGAAGAUUCAUGCGGGUCCCAAAUUUGCGUCGUAUCUGACAUUCAGCCCUUCAGAGGUGAAAUCACUCCGCACAGAAUACGGAGACCUAGAGUGCUGUAUUGAAGUUGUGGACAGUGUGCAGGAUGCUGUUGAACAUAUACACAAGUAUGGGAGUUCUCAUACAGAUGUGAUCAUCACAGAAAAUGAGAAAACAGCAGAAUUCUUCCUUCAGCAUCUGGAUAGUGCCUGUGUGUUCUGGAAUGCCAGCACCCGCUUCUCUGAUGGCUAUCGCUUUGGGUUAGUUUCUUGCCCUUCUGUGUGUGAUGCAGGGGCUGAGGUUGGCAUCAGCACAUCGCGCAUCCACGCCCGUGGGCCAGUGGGAAUUGAGGGGCUGUUGACGACCAAAUGGUUGCUACGAGGGCAGAACCACAUCGUUUCUGAUUUCUCAGAGCAAGGGAGCAUGAAGUACCUUCAUGAAAACCUUCCCAUCCCUCAGAGGAACAUCAACUGAGCACUCGUGUGGAGGAUGUGAUGUGUAUGGACACUGUUACGGUUUCAGAACCUAGUCGAGAUGAACUUUCACUUCUCAGAGUGCAGUGUUUUGUGGAAACUUUGGGGUUUGCCUAAAGUAAUGACUUGGAGGCUCAUGUAAUUUCUCCCACUCAGACAGCACCACAUAAGUGAUGGCAGGUGCAGAUAAUAAGGAUUCCUUUGCUCUUUCAGAAAAAAAGAACUCUGGCCGUCCUCACUUCACUCCAAGUAGUGGGUUAGCAGUGAACUUAUUUAUUGAUCUGAAUGCCUCUUUUUUUCUCCAUUCCAACAGUUUCUACAUUUUCCCCCCUGAUGCUUUUCUUAUUUUCAGAAGACAUUGAGUAGAAAUUCAUGAUUUUUCUGCUUCCUUUGGAGAUUUGAAGUCUAGUAGUGGUUGCAAUGAAAUUGAUUUUCUGGUUCAUGUCUUACUUAAAAUAUUGUACCGUAUUAAUAAAUAUUCCAGGUACAUAAUGAAUGAAUUUAUCCAAACAAGGCUUUUUGUGCCCAGUUACAAGUUGAUUGGGGGGUAGGAGGGGGAGAUAAUCAUAAUUGAAUAACUAUCUUUGUUUUCAUGAUGGCCCUUUUAUGACUAUUUGUACCAAAUAUUUUUGUUCAUGCAUUUUAUAUGGAAUUUUGUUUCCCCUGAGAGUGAAAAUAUUUUUCAAUCUUGUUUUUUCAAAUAAAACUCACUUACAAAAUCA